AUGCUGACAGAACCCUCCCUGUUCCAGGAGGCGUUUUUUGGGAAGGCGCUGAUGGACCUGAGCCGGAAGGCGCUGCUGGCAGCGGGCGGGGUGGGGGACGGGGCCGCCCGCCCCUCCCUGGGCCAGAGCGCCCCAAGGCCCAAGGGGGACCCCAACCUGGCUGGAGCACUGCAGGGAGCCCCCCUGGACAGGAGGGAGACCCCCACCCACCCCCGAGGGGAUGACAGCACUGAUGGCAGCGCCGCCGCUCCCGACGACGAUGGCAAGGACGACGCGAAGGCCGAGGACCUGGGGGCCGAUGAGCCAAAGGAUUCCCCAGACCCUGGGGAUGCUGAGAAACCAGCCACCCCGGGCGAGGGAGCGCUGAGCUCUGACCUGGACAAGAUCCCCACGGAAGAGCUGCCCAAGAUGGAGAGCAAGGACGUGCAGCAGCUCUUCAAGGAUGUGUUGGGCUCGGCGGAGCGGGGGGAGCAGCCCCUCAACUGCGUGGCCGGGGGGAUGGAGGCCGGGCAGGACCCCGGCCGGGCACAGCGCCCCUUCCUGCAGGGAGACCUCCAGCUCUCAGGGCAGGGGAGCGUUUCCCUGGGCUCGCUCUCUGGAUCCGUCUCCCUGGACUCGUAUUCGGGGGUCUGCCAGUCCCCGUUCCUCGAUAGCAGGGAGCGGAGCGGCUUCUUCAGCCCAGACCACUGCGAGCCUGAGAGCCCCUGGGCCAGCAGCUCGGCCGCCACCACCCCCUCGACCCCCACAACGCCCACCACAGAGGGGGAGGGCGAUGGCCUGUCCUACAACCAGCGCAGCCUCCAGCGCUGGGAGAAGGACGAGGAGCUGGGCGAGCUCUCCACCAUCUCCCCUGUCCUCUACGCCAACAUGAACUUCCCCAACCUCAAGCAGGAUUAUCCAGACUGGUCGAGCCGCUGCAAGCAGAUCAUGAAGCUCUGGAGGAAGGUCCCUGCCACGGACAAAGCCCCGUAUUUGCAAAAGGCCAAAGAUAACCGGGCGGCUCAUCGCAUCAACAAGGUGCAGAAGCAGGCCGAGAGCCAGAUCAACAAGCAGACCAAAGGGGAGGGACUGCGCAAGCCGGAGAGGCCCUCGCUGCACCUGCGGAUCCCGGUGCCGCCGGGGGCACAGCCCGUCUACAUCAGCAGCCCCCCCGCCGCCGGAGAGGGCUUCCUGAAGCCCCCGGCGGGCGCAGGAGCGGGGCCGGAGUCUCCCAGCGAGCUUUUCCUCAAGCUCCCGCCCCAGUCCCCCGCCCAAGUGCCUUCGCACGACCCUUACGGCGCCUACGCACUGGAGCCCCGCUUCCCCUCGCCCCUGGGCCAGAGCCCCACGGCGGGCGCUGCCUUCCAGCCCUUCCCUGGCCAGCCCCAGCCCCUCACCGCCCCCCGCGCCCCCCACGACUUCCACCCCACGCCCCCCGGAACCCCCCGGCACCAGCCCGGCACCCCAGACCCUUUCCUGAAGCCCCGGUGCCCCUCCUUGGACAACCUCUCGAUGCCAGGGAGCCCCGGGGCGCGGCCCCCCGAGGCCCUGCUCUCUCCCCUGCCUUUCGGGGAGCAGAAGAAGGGUCUGGAGGUGAAGAAGGAGGAAGGGGGGAGCCUGGGGGUCUGCUCGCCCGGCUACGCUUCUGCCAUGGGCUACGGGGACUCCUCGGGCGGCCCCCACCUCUCGGCUGGGGAGCUGAAGGCAGCCGACGUCUUCAAAGCCCCCAUGACCCCACGGGUCUCUCAGGUAGAGCCACAGAGCCCGGGGCUGGGGCACCGGCCCCCCGACCCCCACCCCUUGGCCCCUUCGCCCCCCGGCCACCCCGAUCUCUACCGCCAGUCCCCCUACCUGGACCCCUACUCGCAGCCUCCGCUGACGCCCCGGCUGCAGCCCCCCGAGGCCUGCUGCCCCCUCCCGCCCCGCUCCCUGCCCUCUGAACCCUUCUCCCGCGUCCCUGCCAGCCCCCAGUCCCAGCUGCCCGGCGGCCAGGACGGGGCCCUCGGCACCAUGAGCCAGUCGGAGCUGGAGAAGCAGCGGCAGCGCCAGCGGCUCCGGGAGCUGCUCAUCCGGCAGCAGAUCCAGCGGAACAGCCUGCGGCAGGAGAAGGAGAGCGCGGCCGCCGCCGCCACCUCCUCACCCGCCGCCUGGGCCCCCGAGGCCACCGGGCAGGGCUUCGAGCUGAGCCGGGGCAUGGCCCCCUACCAGCCAGCACAGGACAAGGGGCUCCUCGGGACGCUGGCCACGGCGGCUGGCGCUGGGAAGCUGCCCGGCUCUGUCAUGGUGCAGGCAGCGUUUCCCCAGGAUGAGAGGCUCUCCCGGCCCCCACCCGCGGCCACUCCAGCCACGCUGGACAUCAACGGGCGGGCAACGGUGGGGCCCCCCCAGGCCUUCUACCCCCGCGGGGUCUUCCCAGCGCCAUCCCCGCAGCAACAGCAGCAGCAGCAGCAGCACCUCUGGCAGCAGCAGCAGCAGCAGGCGGCUGUGGCGGCCCUGCGGCUCCCUGUGACCUCCCGCUUCGCGCCCCCGGCCGCCGGGACCCCCAUGGGCAGCCUGGGCACCCGCCUGCCCGCCCCCGCCGAGGCCGUGCCCUCGCUGUCCGCCACCCUGGGCGCUCCCUUCAUCGAGCUGCGGCACAACGUGCAGAAGGGACCUGGGGGGGUCAUGGGGUCCCCCUUCGCCCCCCAGGCACCCCGGCCUCGCUUCUUCCUGCCCGGGGAGGAGGGCACCCCCCAGGCCCUCUGCACCCCCGUCGUGCCCAUGCAGGCGCUGCCGCCCCAGAAGGUUCCGGCGCCGCUCCCGCCCGCGUCCCCGCAGGGAGCAGAGAUGGGCAACAGCCACCAGCAGCCCCACGCCAAGGCGGCCCCCCCGCCACUGCCGGCCCCCACCCUGGAGCUGCAGCACGUGCCCCCCCGCCCGCUGUCCUCGGGCACUGCCCUGCGCCCUGAGGGUCCCAAGGAUGGCCCCGCUCCAGACCCGGCGCCAGCCCCAGGGAAGAGCCACCUGAGCCUGGAGGGGGCACGGCUGCCCUGCGAGGUGCCCGUGGAGCCCGACUUGGACGAUGACUUCGGCUCCCACAAGGACUUGGAAGAUGACGACGAUUUGGCCAACCUGAGCCUGGAUCCGGAUGUGGCCAAAGGGGACGAUGACUUGGACAACCUGGACAGCCUGGAGACCGCAGACCCCCACCUCGAUGACCUGCUGAACGGUGACGAGUUUGACCUGCUGGCCUACACCGACCCCGAGCUGGACACCGGGGACAAGAAGGACAUCUUCAACGAGCACCUGCGCCUGGUCGAGUCGGCCAACGAGAAAGCCGAGCGUGAGGCCCAGCUCAAGACGGAGCCGCCAGCGCCCACCCUGAAGCUCCCCGACCCUGGGGACAGCAAAGAUGUGACCCCAUCUGCAGAGAACCAGGAGGUGCCCAAGGAAGGGCUGGUGCCCAGUGCGAGCUUGGGGCCCUCUCCCUGCCCCAUGGGCACCGUGCUGGCCCCUGACCCAGCUUUCAAGGUGCAGGGUGCGGAGGCAAAGCCCGGCUCGCUGCCCACCGAGGUGAAGCCCAAGCUGGAGGAUGGCUGCCUGAAGACCUCGCCCUGCCAGUUCACUGGCCCUGAGCGGCUCCCGGUGCCCAUCAAGUCAGAGGGGCUGCAGGGCACCGACAAUAUCUCUGCCUCGCUGGGGCUGAGCCUCAAACCCAGCCAGACCCUCCUGAGCCCCAGCGCUGGCCCCGCUCGUCUCGGCCUGACUCAGUUCCCCAGUAGCGGCCACGCCGGUGUCCCCGUGCCAGACAAGGACCCCUACGCUGCCCCCGGCCGCGGGCUGGCCCCUGCCCAGCUGGGCAGCCAGAGCAACCCCUUGCUGGAAAAGUUUGAGCUGGACAGCGGAGCGCUGGGGCUGGGCAGCGCCCGGCACUCGCCGGCGGAUGACCUGGACAAGAUGGAGAGCUCGCUGGUGGCCAGCGAGCUGCCUCUGCUCAUCGAGGACCUGCUGGAGCACGAGAAGAAGGAGCUGCAGAAGAAGCAGCAGAUGUCGGCCCACCUGCCCCGCGGCACCCCCCACCUACCGGCCCCGGGGCACCCCGUACUGCACACGGGGGCGGCUGGGCAGCCCCCUGAGGGGCAGCCACCCCGCCUGGGCACCCCUCAGGCCCCCCUCCAGCUGGGGCUGGUGGCCCGGCCGCCGCUGAUGCCGCCACAGCCCCCCCGGCUCGGCGCACCCCAGCAGGGCCCGGCGCUGGCCCCCCACAUGGGCAUGGCCUCCGGACAGCCCCACGUGCUGGCGUCCCCCCAUGGAGUGCAGGUGGCCCUGGGGCAGCCGCAGCAGAGCCAGCAGCAGGUGCUGGUGCAGAAGCCAAUGGCUGGGGUGCAGCCCCCCAGCCUGGGCCUGAAGCCCCCCCAGCUUGUCAUGCAGCAGCAGUUGGCCAACAGCUUCUUCCCAGACACAGACCUGGACAAGUUUGCGGCUGAGGACAUCAUGGACCCCAUUGCCAAGGCCAAGAUGGUGGCACUGAAGGGCAUCAAGAAGGUGAUGGCUCAGGGCAGCAUUGGGGUGGCCCCAGGCAUGAACAGGCAACAGGUUUCCCUGCUGGCCCAGCGGCUCUCGGGGGGCCCAGCAGUCUCUGAGAUGCAGAACCACUUGCUGGCAGGGAGCGGGCAGGAGCGAAGCAGCACAGACCCGACCCAGGCUCGCCCCAACCCCCCCACCUUUGCACAGGGUGUCAUCAACGAGGCCGACCAGCGGCAGUACGAGGAGUGGCUGUUCCACACGCAGCAGCUGCUGCAGAUGCAGCUGAAGGUGCUGGAGGAGCAGAUCGGGGCUCACCGCAAGUCCCGCAAGGCGCUCUGUGCCAAGCAGCGCACGGCCAAGAAGGCCGGCAGGGAGUUCCCCGAGGCCGACGCCGAGAAGCUGAAGCUGGUGACGGAGCAGCAGAGCAAGAUCCAGAAGCAGCUGGACCAGGUGCGGAAGCAGCAGAAGGAACACACCAACCUCAUGGCUGAGUACCGCAACAAGCAGCAGCAGCACCAGCACCAGGCCUCGGCCGUGAUGGCUCUGAGCCCCUCGCAGAGCCCCCGCCUCAUGUCCAAGCUCCCGGGGCAGCUCCUCUCGGCACACGGGGUGCAGCAGCCCGGGGGGGCCGUGGUCGGAGCGCAGGGCCUGGGGCAGCAGCCAGGGCAGCCCGGGGGGCUGCGCCUGUCACAGGGCGGCGUGUCCAUGGCUGUGCAGCAGGGCCUGUCCUUCAUGGGGCAGCAGGCCAUGGGCAACGCCCCGGGACCUGGCUCCUCCAGCGCCUUCUUCGCCGGGAACCCCGCGCUGCGCGGGCUGGCUGCUGACAGCCGCCUGAUGCAGGAGCGGCAGCUCCAGAGGAUGCAGCUGGCGCAGAAGCUGCAGCAGCAGCAGAACAUGCUGGGACAGGUGUCACUGCAGCAGCAGCAGCAGCCGGGCGUGAUGGGACAGAGCUCCAUGCAGCAACCAGGUGUGAUGGGACAGGUGUCGCUGCAGCAGCCAGGGGUGAUGGGACAGGCGUCCAUGCAGCAACAGGGUGUGAUGGGACAGACCUCCCUGCAGCAGCCAGGAGUGAUGGGACAGGCGUCCAUGCAGCAAUCAGGUGUGAUGGGACAGGCAUCAAUGCAGCAAUCAGGUGUGAUGGGACAGACGUCACUGCAGCAAUCAGGUGUCAUGGCACAAGCGUCGAUGCAGCAGCAGAGUGUGAUGGGUCAAGCCUCCAUGCAGCAGCCUGGUGUGAUGGGACAGGCAUCGCUGCAGCAGCCCGGUGUGAUGGGACAGGCAUCCAUGCAGCAACAGGGUGUGAUGGCCCAGGCAGCCAUGCAGCAGCCCGGUGUGAUGGCACAGACGGCGAUGCAGCAACAGGGCAUGAUGGGUCAGGCGUCCAUGCAGCAGCCCGGUGUGAUGGGACAGAGCUCCAUGCAGCCCCAGAGCAUCAUGGCCCAGACGUCCAUGCAGCAGCCAGGCGUGAUGGGACAAGCUUCAAUGCAACAGGCAGGUGUGAUGGCGCAGACGUCGAUGCAGCAGCCAGGCAUGAUGGGCCAGGCGUCCAUGCAGCAGCCAGGGGUGCUGGGCCAGGCCCCGAUGCAGCCGACGGCCAUGGCGGGGCAGCCCGGCCUGCUGGGGCAGCAGCAGCAGCCCCCGACCCCCCAGCCCGGCGCAGGGGCUCAGCCCAUGGUGCCGAAGGCGGGGGGGCUGCUGGGCAGCCAGCAGAGCCUGCUGGUGCAGCAGCUCUCGCCCCAGCAGCAGCCGGGCGUGCUGGGCCACGCGCCGGCACCGGGGCUGCAGCCCCAGCCCGUGCUGGGCCACCCCCCGCCCCAGCGCCAGGUGCUCCUGGCCCCCCACCAGCAGCGGGUGCUGGGCUCGCCCCAGCUGGCACCGCAGACUCCGGGGAUGCUGAGCCACCGGCUCGUGCUGUCCCAGCAGCUGGGACAGUCGCGGGCACUGCUGACCCCGCAGCAGCAGCAGCAGCAGCAGCAGAACUCGGCGGCCGCCCAGCCAGGCCUCCUGGGGCUGGGCCAGGGGCAGCCCUCGAUCCAGCACUUUCCGCAGCACGGGGCGGGGGGCCAGGCCCCCUCUGUGCUGCACCUGAGUCAGGGAAUGCAGCCGGCCCCGGCGGUCCUGGCUGCCAAGGACCAGCCCGCGGGGGUGGAUGGCAGCGCCCUGCCCGCCGAGGGCGGCGAGAGCGGGGGGCAGCUGCACGGGGAGCAGCAGGGACCCCUCAACCCCCAAGGGCUGGGGGGCCCAGAGGCCGUGGCCCCCAAGCACCAGGCUGAGCUGGGGCAGGGCCAGCAGCUCCUCUUGGGCUCCCCACAGCCGGGAAUGCUGCGGGCAGCCCCUGGGCAGCAGGGUACCCUGCUCGCCCCGCCGCUGCAGAGCCCCGGGGCCGCCCACCCCGAGCUGUCCCAGCAGCACGGGGACACGGCCGGGGUGGCGGAGCCGUCGCUGGGCUGCGGGCCUGGCCCGGCACAGGGCAUGGUGCCAGCGCCACGGCCCCCGGAGCAGCCGGGCAAGGGGCCGGCAGGGGCCCUGCAGGGGCAGCCCCAGCCCCCGCGGCUCCAGAGCCCCGGGCAGCACAAAGCAGGGCCAGCACCGGGCAUGGCCACGCUCCCCACGGGGCUCCUGGGGCAGGUGCCGGGGCCGGUGAUGGGCCAGAUCCGGGCGCAGCUCCAGGGUGUCCUGGCCAAGAACCCGCAGCUGCGGCACCUGACGCCGCAGCAGCAGCAGCAGCUCCAGGCCCUCCUGGUGCAGCGGCACCAGCAGAGCCUCCUGCAGCAGAGCCAGGCGCUCCGGACCCCCGGCCCCUUCCCCGGGCAGGCCCCGGACUACGGCUCGCCCGCCGCCCGCCAGCCCCCUCGCCCCGUGGGGUCCCUCUUCCAGCCCCGGCCGGGCACCCCAGCAGAGGCAGGGCAGCCCCCCCAGCAGCCCCUGGCAGAGCUGGUGCAGGCAGCCCUGGCUGCCCGUGGCCCCCAGCCCGGCCUUGUCCGCCUCCCCACUCCACCAGCCCCCUCUCCCUUGGGCUGUGCCCCCCAGCACCUGGUCAGCCCCGAGCAGAGCCCCCAAGAGCCAAAGAAGACGUCACCGGGGGUCCCGGCCUCGACCCCCAGCCCCGCGGUGCCUGCAGAGCCGGGGCUGACGCCCACGCCGAGCACUGCCCUCCCUGACCCAGCACACGGCCCCUGGGACCCCGAGGCACCCGGGGUGGACCCAGCUGACCCCAGCGAGAUCCACAUCAACGGGGCAGUGCCGGAGGGGGCCCCCACGGCAGGCGGAGGCUCCCAGGUGUUGGUGAAGCAGGAGCCGAAGGAGGAGGCGGCGGCAGCGGCGCAGUGUGAGCUGGACGGAGACGAGACGGCAAAACCGGAGGCCAACGGGGACCCUGGGGCCGGCCAAGCCAACAGCCUGCUGGCCCCGGGCGGGCGCUCCGAGGCUGGGCACCUGCUGCUGCAGAAGCUGCUGCGGGCCAAGAACGUGCAGCUCUCGGCACAGAGCCCGGGUGAGCUCAACGGGCACACGGAGAGCCGGAGCGCCGGGAUGGAGCCGCGGCCACAACCGCUGCUGCUGGGCCGGGAGGACCCCUCCAUCGCCAGGAAGCCGGCACCCACCAAGCCCAAGCGGGUGCAGAAAGGCAACGAGCGGAUCCCGGCGUCCCGCAAGAAGCUGCGGAAGGACGAGGGGCUGCGUCCCGGCGAGGCCCUCAUGAGGCAGCUGAAACAGGAGCUGUCGCUGCUGCCGCUGACGGAGCCGACCAUCACAGCCAACUUCAGCCUCUUCGCGCCCUUCGGCAGCAGCCCCAUCAACGGCAAGAGCCAACUGCGGGGCGCCUUCGGCAGCGCCGUGCUCGACAGCGUCCCCGACUACUACUCCCAGCUGCUCACCAAGAACAACCUCAGCAACCCGCCCACGCCACCCUCCUCGCUGCCCCCCACGCCCCCUCCCUCUGUGCAGCAGAAGAUGGUGAACGGUGUCACGGCCCCCGAGGAGCUGGGUGAGCAGCCCAAGGACACUGACCCAGCCCGGGAGCCCCACGGCCAGAAAGACACACCGGCCGUGGAGGUGAAGAGCCUGGACCUGCUGGCAGCUCUGCCCACCCCUCCACACAACCAGACCGAGGACGUCAGGAUGGAGAGCGACGACGAGAGCGACUCCCCCGACAGCAUCGUCCCUGCCUCGUCCCCCGAGAGCGUCCUGGGCGAGGAGCUGCUCCGGUUCCCGCUGCUCAGCGAGGCCAAGCCAGAGCUGGAGGAGCGUGUGCUGUCUCCCAUCAUCCCCAUCAUCCCCCGGGCCAGUAUCCCAGUGUUCCCUGACACGAAACCCUACGAGGCCGCGGAGCCCUUUGGGGCCCCCCCAGGGAAGGUGGGGGCCGCAGGCCCAGGAGCGCCAUGGGAGAAGGGCAAGAGCAGCGAGGUCUCUGUCAUGCUGACGGUGUCCGCGGCGGCCGCCAAGAACCUCAACGGUGUGAUGGUGGCCAUGGCUGAGCUGCUGAGCGUGAAGAUCCCCAGCUCCUACGAGGUGCUGUUCCCUGACGGCCCCGUGCGAGCGGCCGUGGUCGAGGCCAAGAAGGUGGAGGCCGAUAUGGCUGGGAUGCUGGGAGGGAAGGAGAAGGCGCUGGCUGGGAAGGUGCCGGACAGCAGCUCCGAGUGGCUGAAGCAGUUCGACGCGGUGCUGCCCGGCUACAGCCUCAAGGGCGAGCUGGACCUCCUGACGCUGCUCAGACAGGAGAGCCCCGUGCCCGAGAAGACCCUUCACCACUGCUACGUCAACAACGUGUCCAACCUGGACGUACGGCAGCUCUCCGUCAUGCCCCAGGAGCCCUCGCCCCCCCUGUCCCCCUCCGUCCCCUCCCCGUCCAGCCCCGCCGAGCCCACCAGGGUCCCCGACCCCGAGGUGACCCACGAGGCCGCCCCGGCCCCGCCGUCGCCGCUGCCGCCAGCCCCCUCCCCGGCCCCCCAGGAGGAAGGGGCCGCAGCCCCCCACUCGCCGCCCCGUUUCAAGCCGCGCUCGCGGCCGCCCGAGGACGGGGACGAGGCGCGGCCGCGGCUGAAGAAGUGGAAGGGGGUGCGCUGGAAACGGCUGCGCUUCCUCGUCACCAUCCAGAAAGGGGGGGCCAAGCGCGACGGCGACAAGGAGAUUGCCGAGUUCAUCGACAAGCUGGGCACCACCCUGCGCCCCGAGAAGGUGCCGCGGGACCUGCGCAAGUGCUGCUUCUGCCACGAGGAGGGCGACGGGGCCACGGACGGGCCGGCCCGCCUGCUCAACCUUGACCUCGACCUCUGGGUCCACCUGAACUGCGCCCUGUGGUCCACGGAGGUGUACGAGACGCAGGGCGGGGCCCUGAUCAACGUGGAGGUGGCCCUGCACCGCGGGCUGCUCACCAAGUGCUCCCUGUGCCAGAAAACCGGCGCCACCAACAGCUGCAACCGCAUCCGCUGCCCCAGCGUGUACCACUUUGCCUGCGCCAUCCGCGCCAAGUGCAUGUUCUUCAAGGACAAGACCAUGCUGUGCCCGCUGCACAAGCUGAAGGGGCCCUGCGAGCAGGAGCUCAGCAGCUUCACCGUGUUCCGCCGCGUGUACAUCGAGCGGGACGAGGUGAAGCAGAUCGCCAGCAUCAUCCAGCGCGGGGAGCGGCUCCACAUGUUCCGCGUGGGCGGGCUGGUCUUCCACGCCAUCGGGCAGCUGCUGCCCCACCAGAUGGCCGAUUUCCACAGCGUCACCGCGCUCUACCCCGUGGGCUACGAGGCCACGCGCAUCUACUGGAGCCUGCGGACCAACAACCGCCGCUGCUGCUACCGCUGCACCAUCUGCGAGAACAACGGGCGCCCCGAGUUCGUCGUGCAGGUCAUCGAGCAGGGCCUGGAGGAUCUUGUCUUCUCCGACUCCUCGCCACAGGCCGUCUGGAACCGGAUCAUCGAGCCGGUGGCGAUGAUGAGGAAGGAGGCCGACAUGCUGCGGCUCUUCCCCGAGUACCUGAAGGGUGAGGAGCUCUUCGGCCUCACAGUGCACGCGGUGCUGCGCAUCGCCGAGUCGCUGCCGGGCGUCGAGAGCUGCCAGAACUACCUGUUCCGCUACGGGCGCCAUCCCCUGAUGGAGCUGCCGCUGAUGAUCAACCCCACCGGCUGCGCCCGCUCCGAGCCCAAGAUCCUCACCCAUUACAAGAGGCCCCACACCCUGAACAGCACAAGCAUGUCCAAGGCCUACCAGAGCACGUUCACGGGCGAGACCAACACGCCCUACAGCAAACAGUUCGUGCACUCCAAGUCCUCCCAGUACCGGCGCCUGAAGACGGAGUGGAAGAACAACGUGUACCUGGCGCGCUCCCGCAUCCAGGGGCUGGGGCUCUACGCGGCCAAGGACAUCGAGAAGCACACGAUGGUCAUCGAGUACAUCGGCACCAUCAUCCGCAACGAGGUGGCCAACCGGCGGGAGAAGAUCUACGAGGAGCAGAACCGUGGCAUCUACAUGUUCCGCAUCAACAACGAGCACGUCAUUGACGCCACACUGACGGGGGGCCCGGCCAGGUACAUCAACCACUCGUGUGCCCCGAACUGUGUGGCCGAAGUCGUGACCUUCGAUAAGGAGGACAAGAUCAUCAUCAUCUCCAGCCGGCGCAUCCCCAAGGGGGAGGAGCUCACCUACGACUACCAGUUCGACUUCGAGGACGAUCAGCACAAGAUCCCCUGCCACUGUGGAGCCUGGAAUUGCAGGAAGUGGAUGAACUAGCUGGGAAAAACGGGGCUGGGGGCUGCCAUCCCCGCCUGGGAGACCUCGCCGAGCCCCUCCCCGGGGCCGCGGGAGGUGCCAGGGGCGGCCGGGCACAGAGGGAGGAGCGGCCGCGGCGCCGCCGGCCCUGCCCGGGCGGGACAGACGGACGGACGAACUGGCAACUCAGGGUUUUCUUUGCUUCGUCCUGCGAGGAAAAAAACAAACAAACAAACAAAAAAAACGGAGUGGGGGGCUCGGAAACCCCCCCUUCAGCACCUCCCCCCCCCGCCAGCCUCCCUCGUGGGGGAGCCACGGGGGAGCAGCGCCGGGCCCAGCGCGCGAAGCCGGCCCGGAUAUAACGAUUAUUUUAUUCUAUUUUAUUUUAUUUUGUUUUGUUUUCUUUUUUUGUUUUUGUUUUUUUGUUUGUUUUGUUUUUUUGUUUUUUUUUGGUUUUUUUUUUUUAGAAACUAAUAAUAUUUGCUCGCUAAUUACCAAGGUAA